AUGCGUGCCAAGAUGCUGCACCUAGGCGGACCUCAACUUCAGAAGGUUUAUCGAACUCUAGAAGGUACUGAGGAAUUUCCAGUGGUUUUGCUAGAAAAACCAUGGUAUGAUAGAGCAGUUGAGCGAUUGGAUGCAUUUUUUAAGCCGCGCAAGCAAGACGUGCUCGAGAGACACAAAUUGCGUAACAUAAAGCAAGGUGCUAAUGAACGCUUCGCAAAUUUCGUACUGCGUUUGCGUCAGAAAUUAACGGAUUGUGGUCUGGACAAAUAUUCCGCUGAGAUUAGAAAGGUGAUGGAAGAAAUCAUGUUGAUCGACGUAAUUGUUGAAGGUUGUGCUUCGUCAGAACUGCGCCGUAAGAUACUGGAACGAGAUCAGUCCCUCUCUGAAAUUGAAGUUUUGGGUGAACUAAUAGAAAGCGUUCGAACUCAAGAAAAAGAGCUAAAUAGUGGAAAUGCGCUUCUAAAUGACAACCCGUUGGACGUUCAUAAGAUUCAAGAGCAAAGUAAAGCUAGAAACUUUCGCAAACAAAGUCGUUUCGUCAAACGUUUUGGCUCGGUUGGCCCAAAAGGUGGCGAGGGCACCAUAAUGUGUUUUGCAUGCGGACGGUAUGGGCACAUAUCAAACGCUUCUUCGUGUCCAGCGAAAGGACAGAUUUGCCUUAAAUGUCAGAAACCGAAUCAUUUUGCGAAGUUUUGCCGAAAGCGUUCCAAUUCAUUUUCAAAUUUUCAAAUCCCGAACAAAGUUCGAGCUGUUGCUGAUGUCACACAAACAAACCCUACAAAUGAUGAGUCUUCGACAGAAUGUUCAGAUAGAGUGUACUACAGCUUUCACACCGGAAACGACACGAAUGUAAUCAAUUGUGAGAUUGGAGGCGUUGAUACAAAAAUGUUAAUCGAUUCUGGGUCGGACGCGAACCUAGUCACUCUUAAAACGUGGAAUUUCCUGAAGGAUAACAAAGUGAGCGUUCAAGAAUGCAUAAGAGGGAGCGCAAAAAUUUUGAAAGCUUACGGUAGUGACAAUCCGUUAGAGAUUUUAGGAACCUUCAAGACCAUCGUUAGAGUUGGAUCUCGUUCAGUCGUAGCGGAAUUUUUCGUAGUGCCAAGUGGACAACGCAACUUAUUGGGCGACACCACUUCAAAACAACUGGGUGUUUUGAAGAUUCGCAAUGUAGUAAAUCUACUCAUGAGUCAGAACGACACAAAUAUGCCAUUUUCCAAGAUGGCAGAUAUACAAGUUCAUAUUAAAAUGAAUCCAAAUAUUACACCUUGUUUUCAACCUUUGCGUCGUAUUCCGAUUCCUAUGGAAUCUGCCGUAAACAAGAAACUGGAUGAGUUACUAAUGAGGGAUAUCAUCGAAGUGAAAAGCGGACCUGCCACGUGGGUUUCGCCAUUGGUGGUAGCGAAGAAAACAAAUGGUGAUAUACGUUUGUGUGUGGAUUUACGGCGCGUUAACCAAGCGGUGAUCAGGGAUCGACACCCGAUGCCCAUAAUCGAUGAUAUUUUGAUGAGAAUGGGAAAAGGAAAGCUCUGGAGUGUUUUGGACAUCAAAGAUGCAUUUUUCUUGCUGGAGCUGGAUAGUGAAACGCGAGAUGUGAUGACUUUCAUUACUCAUCGUGGAUUAUACCGCUUCAAGCGUUUGCCUUUUGGUUUGGUCUCAGCGCCCGAGAUUUUCCAACGAGCAAUGGACGAGAUCCUUGCCGACUGCGAAGGUUGCUGCUGGUAUCUGGAUGAUGUGGUGGUCGAAGGAAGCUCCGCUGAAGAGCAUGAUGCUCGUUUAAAUAAGGUACAGUGA